AUGCAUCUUCUCCCAUCUCUCACUCUCCUCGCCACAGCCUUCACAGCCCUUAGCUCCGCCGCCGCACUCCCUCAGUCCGAAUCCGACCUCGUCGAAUCCCGCACCUACGGUGGCAACGACAAGUGCCUCUGCGAGGAAGAUGCCAACACCCUCCGGGAUGCCUACGUGCGCAUGAUCAGCGCCUGGAACCCGGUCGAUGCCAAGUACCUCACGGACGACUUCAAGGACACGAGCGCCAGCAUCAACAUCUUAAUUGGGAAGCCAUUGGAUGGGUCGGUGCCUACGUUUGCGAAUAAGCAGGAGUUUGUGGCUCAUAUGACUGUUGCGCCCGACAACCUCCCCCUCCGCGUGACCUUCUCAACCUUCAACUGCAACUACAUCACAGUAAUCUGGACCGCCACCUUCGGCGUCGCCCAGAAGGCCGUGCGUGGCAUCGCCGUUGCCGGCGCCGUCUACGACAAGAAGAAGAAGAUGUGGCUGAUCAAGAGCGUCGACGUCGAGUGGAACUCGAUGGCCUAUCUUUUGGAUAUUGGGGGCAGCUAUACUUUGCCUGCGGGACUGCCUCCUGCUUAG